UGAGCCGAGCAGAGGGGCCGCCUCCGCCCGCACCCAGCAUGCUUCGCCGAGGCUAUAAGUCCUCUGAAAGGCGAAGACACUUGAGCGAGAGGCUCAGCUGGCACCAAGACCAGGCGCUGAGUAGCAGCAUCUACCUCCUACGAGAGAUGGGCCCCACUGGCUUCCUGCUGAGGGAGGAGGACCCGGAAUACAUGGAUUUCCGAGUUUUUCUAGGAAAUCCUCACGUUUGUAACUGUUCCACAUUUCUGAAAGGAGGGGAACUUUGUAAGCAUAUCUGCUGGGUCUUGUUGAAAAAAUUCAAGCUUCCAAGGAACCAUGAAUCUGCUUUACAAUUGGGUCUUGGAGAAAGAGAGAUAAGUGACUUGCUUCGGGGGAUACAUCGAGUUCAAACUCCCCAACCAGGAACAAAUGACGAAAAUGAACAUGUUGAAGAAGAUGGGUACAUUAAACAGAAGGAAAUUGAUUCGGAGGAUAUCUGCUCUAUUUGUCAAGAGCUACUUUUAGAGAAAAAGCUUCCUGUCACCUUUUGCAGGUUUGGCUGUGGCAAUAGUAUUCAUAUAAAAUGCAUGAAGAUCUUAGCUAAUUAUCAGAGUACAUCAAACACUUCCAUGUUGAAAUGUCCUCUGUGCAGGAAAGAGUUUGCACCAUUAAAACUGAUUUUGGAGGAAUUCAAAAACUCUAGCAAACUUGUAGCUGCAGCAGAAAAAGAGAGACUGGACAAACACCUUGGGAUUCCCUGCAAUAACUGCAAACAGUUUCCAGUUGAGGGGAAGUGUUAUAAGUGUACCGAAUGCAUAGAAUAUCACUUAUGCCAGGAAUGUUUUGAUAGCUGCUGCCAUCUUUCCCACACAUUUACAUUUCGUGAGAAAAGAAACCAAAAAUGGAGAUCACUAGAAAAAAGAGCAGAGGAAGUUGUAAAAUACAUAGAUACUAAAAAUGAGAUAGAAGAAAAGAUGUCACAUUUUCAAGAAAAGCAAGGCCAAGUUUACACACCAAAACACAUUGUAAGAUCACUGCCUCUCCAACUGAUUACUAAGAAUAGUAAGCUGCUUGCUCCAGGCUACCAGUGUCUACUUUGUUUGAAGGCAUUUCAUCUUGGUCAACAUACAAGAUUGCUACCAUGUACUCACAAGUUUCACAGGAAGUGUAUUGACAAUUGGUUAUUCCAUAAGUGCAAUUCAUGCCCUAUUGAUGGACAAGCUAUAUAUAACCCUUUAACUUGGAAAAAUUCAGCAGUGAAUGGACAAGCACAUCAGUCUGUUUCAAACAGAGACAUCAUUCAUCUAUCAAAGCAGAAAGAACCAGAUCUUUUUAUUCCUGGUACUGGAUUAGUCUUAAAACAAAAUAGACUUGGAAUUUUACCUAGCAUACCUCAGUGUAAUUUUGAUGAAUUGAAUACACCUCAAAGCCCAAAAGAUGCCUAUGAGAAUAUAACAAUAGAUAAUCUAUGCUCUAUCCAAUUAGAUAAUUCAAAUUCAAAAAAAUUAACCUAUGAAUAUAAAAUUAGCCAACAUUUUCCCAGGUAUCUUCAAGAUUUACCCACUGUAUCAUUUGGGAAAAUACCAUCUCAAACACUGCUUCCUCCUAUUGUUCAUAAGAAUAUUGUAUGUCCCACUGCAAUGGAAAGUCCAUGCAUCAGUGGAAAAUAUCAUACUAGUCAAAGCCAGAUGACCAAAGGCUGUAAAUGUAGUAACCACAACCUAAAGAAGACUCCUGCCACUAAAAUAAGAGAGGACAACAAGAGAUCAACUUUACUUCCAGAGGAUUUCAAUCUUAUUGUCAAUUGGAGCACAGCUAAACUUAGUUUGUCUAAAAGGUAUAAUAACUGUAUGGGGGAAAUUACACGAAAAUGUAGUCAUCUAUCAAGACAGCCUGUGUCUCACUCUGUAAAUACAAAAAGUACUGAGCUAUCUUUAAUAAUAGAAGGAGUUCAAUUGUGAAAAAGUUUACUAUCUGAAAAUAUUUGAAUGUUGACUAUAAAAAAUGUUUUAUAUAGAACAUAAAAAGCACACAUAGUCUUGACAAAUGUAUAUAAAAUUCUCUGUUGGAAUUUGCCUACUUACCUAUAAACAGCUCACUACACUUAAAGGAAAUGAUUCUAUUACUUAUAUGACUUACAGCAUUAGGUGUCUUCAUGAAUAUAUUCAGGAUGUUAUAAAUAAUGAAUAAUUUUUAGAGCCUUUAUCUUAUUUUACUCUGAUUUUACAAAUGUUUUACUUAAAUUAAGGAAAUAGAUUUUUCCUACUUUGAGUCACUGUUUUCAAAUAUUUUUCACGGUAGCACAUAACAUGCAGGGAUUACUCCCCGGUACUUCUGUAUUUUUUGCAUUUUUCUUGCACUAGUAAUUACCACAAACCUAUAGAAAAAAAACCUUAAAAAACUCCAUAAAGGAGUUUUCUUAUACAUAAAAUGAAAAUAAAAUGAAAUACUAUCAGCUAUGUCACAUUUAUAAUGGUCUUAAUGUUUUAUUUUCAAGAAACUUAUAUAAGUACUACCAAAUUUCUUGAUACAAUCACUAUUAUCGAAGAAUCUAUUAUUUAAAAUCUGCUCUGUUUUCAAAGUAACUAUUGUUUCAAAAUGUUCAUUUGAAAAAAUGUAACCCUUAGAUUUUUGUUUAUUUUUAAAUUAUAUGGCUCAGUUUCUUUUCAAAUAUUUUUAAAAUUAUUGAUGCUAUAUUGAUUUUUAUUAUCUGUCACAAGGAAAAAAUCACAUGAUAUUUUUUGUCAUGGUAAUAAUGGAAUACAUAGGUCUAUGAAACAAAUAUUGAAGAUAUCAAGCAAAAUUCUUUGAAAAGAAUUUGCAUUUAAAUAAAUGAUUAAAUUGAGGUUAAUCACAAACAGAAAGUAAUUAAUAAAAUGUAGUUCAGAAACAGUAACAGAGUUAAUUAUAAUAUGAGCUGCAUUUGAAAACUGAAUGAAAGUUUGUCUUGUUUCUGACAUAAAGAUGGAUGGCCAAAUAUAUUUGUCAGCAAUUCAGAAUUUUAUUAGCCUACUUGUCUUGAAAGAUAGAGUUAAGGAAACUGCAAAAUAAUUUUCCAAUUAAUAAAAUAUUAUUUAUGUUCCCAUAGAUAUUUCACUCUCCUUAUUUAUUUUUUAAUCUUUUUCAUGAACAUAUAUUUUAAGUACCAGGAUACAUGUGCAGGAUGUGCAGGUUUGUUACAUAGGUAAACAAGUGUUGUGGUGGUUUGCUACACAGAUCAACCUAUCACGUAGGUAUUAAGCCCAGCAUCCAUUAGCUAUUCUUCCUGAUGCUCUCCUUCCCUCUGCCCCCAAGACAGGCCCCAGUGUGGGUUGUUCCCCACCAGGUGUCCAUGUCUUCUCAUCAUUCAGCUCUCACUUAUAAAUGAGAAUAUGCAGUGCUUGGUUUUCUGUUCCUGUGUUAAUUUCCUGAGGAUAAUGGCUUCUGGCUCCAUUCAUGUCCCUGCAAAGGACAUGAUCUCAUUCCUUUUUACGGCUGCAUAGUGUUCUAUGGGGUAUACGUACCACAUUUUCUUUAUCCAGUCUAUCAUUGAUGGGCAUUUGAGUUGAUUCCCAAAUCAACCAAUUGCGAUUGUGAAUAGUGCUGCAAUGAACAUUCAUGUGCAUGUAUCUUUAUAAUAGAAUGGCUUGUAUUCCUUUGCGUAUAUACCCAGUAAUGGAAUUGCUGAGUCAAAUGGUAUUUUUGCUGCUAGAUCUUUGAGGAAUCGCCACAGUAUCUUCCACAAUGGUUGAACUAAUUUACACUCCCAACAGUGUAUAAGCAUUUCCUUUUCUCCACAACCUCACCAGCAUCUGUUGUUUCUUGACUUUUUAAUAAUCAUCAUUCUGGCUGGCAUGAGAUGGUAUCUCAUUGUGGUUUUGAUUUGCGUUUCUCUAAUGAUCAGUGAUGUUGAGCUUUCUUUCAUAUGUGUUGGCCAUAAGAAUGUCUUCUUUCGUGAAGUGUCUGUUCAUGUCCUUUGCCAACUUUUUAAUGGGAUGAUUUGUUUAUUUUUUCUUGUAAAUUUGUUUAAGUUCCUUGUAAACUCUGGAUAUUAGAACUUUGUCAGAUAGAUUGCAAAAAUUUUCUCCCAUUCUAUAGGUUGUCUGUUCACUCUGAUGAUAGUUUAUUUUUCUGUGCAGAAGCUCUUUAGUUUAAUUACAACCCAUUUGUCAAUUUUUGCUUUUGUUGCAGUGUUUUUGUUAUUAAAUCUUUGACC